CAUGUUUAUGUAAGCUGUCACUGACUUAGCUAAACAAUACUCGCUGCAGAAGCUCAAUCUGCAUCCCGUUGAUGACUGAUCCCCAGCAUGGUUGCUCUCCUCAGAUAAUGUACCCCAUGAUAUGCGAAGUUUGAUAUAGGUACAGUGACUGUAAUACUUUUAUAAUCCCCGAAAAAGCAUAGGAGCACUCAAUACAGCGAAGUAAGAGUUGGGAUGAAAAUCAUUUUUAGAAAAGGUAUUCCAUCACUUGCGUGCGUCCUGGCAGAGAAAUUCCAACUGGCGGGGCUCUCAAAGUCUUCAUACAGCUCAAGCUACUUCCUCGGCUGGGGCGCUAAGAUCAGACUACUUUGGGAGAGCUCCUAGGUGCCAGGUAGACACGGCGCAUAAACGUCAUUGAGACAACAUGGGCUUAUUCCUUUGUCAGUAUCUGUCAACACCAUAUCUAUAUGGCAAGGCAGGUUUCCUUAGUCGGGUGUAUGGGAACAAUUCAUCUUUCAGCUGCUUGUGGGACUACAUGUUUCCGAGGCAUCUGCGCAGGCGAUGCUGCUGCUCAAUUACAUCACUGCGUAAAGUAUUGGGUAUCAAAGGGAUAUGGACUACUACCACAGUGUUUUGUUCUAAGGCACUUUAGCAGAUCCCGUCGGAUAUCAGAUGGAGUUUUGCAAUGCUACACAAUGCGAAUACGCUAUAUCCGUAGACCUUUUUGGCGGAAUGCAGGGAACAUUACUCGAGGCAGGGCCUAGAGCGAUCGAACAAGCAGCAAGUUGGAGUAAGCGCUCAGUCCCCGCUCGACAAGAAGUCUUCAGGAACAGAACUUGAUAGAAGAAGUAUCCGUAUUAGGCUAGUAAUCCGUACUUGAUGUUCUGCCUUGGGUUCCCAGUAAUCAUGGUUUUCAU